CUUCAGAAAGACCUUAAGGCGAUGGAGGCAGCCGGUGCGGGACAGACUGAGUUCACUUUUCUCUCUCUAAAUAUUAAUAUGGCCUGUCGACCGUGAGAAAGAGAGAAGAAAACCUCGGAAAAGAAAGCUAUAAUGGUAUUUACACCUUCAGCGGAUCGUCGGAGCAGAGGAACUUUGUCCUGCCGAGUCCCAGCAGCCUGCGCUCUGAAAUAGGUGCUGUAGCAGAAAGACACAGACAGAGAGGGCCUUACAGACAACAUGUCCACCAGUGAAGUCAGUGAAACCCGCCGGCAUGAGAGAAAAGGCAGCUUCUUUAAGCUGAUCGACUCGUUCGCCUGGGAGAUCGGGACUCUGAAGAAGGAGAUGGUGCACAAGACAGAGCCGGAAGAGAGAGACAAUGACGCGGAUACACUCCAAAGGCUGGGCGGAGAGGUGGGCGGUCUCUUCCUGCAGGCUUCGCCCUGUGCUGGCAUGGCGGCGGGGCUGGCCGGAGCGAGAGAUUCGGGCUACGACUCCCUGCGUAGGCGGAUGAGUGUGUUGGACAGACUGGUGCAGACACAUGCUGUGUGGCUACAGCUGGGACUGAGCCAUCAAGACGCCACGCGCAUCCUGCAGGGCCAACCCGCUGGGACGUUCUUGGUGAGGAAGUCGACCAGCCUGCAGAAGAAGGUCAUCUCUCUGCGCAUGGACAAAGACUCUGCGGUGCCCGUCAAAGACUUCCCCGUCAAGGAGAGUCAGUAUACUUUCUCCUUGGAGGGAUCCGGCCUGAGCUUUGCAGACCUUUUCCGUCUCGUAGCUUUCUGCUGCAUUAGCAGGGACGUGUUGCCUUUCACUCUGAAGCUUCCAGAAGCCAUCACCUCAGCCAAAACCUCUGCAGACCUCGAGGAGGUUGCCAAACUCGGAGCAGGCUUCUGGGACUCUAAGUUGUGCCGCAGGAGAAAAAGCUCAGCCUCCUGGUUGUCAGGGACAACAGCUCCCGACAGGCCACCCCCACCUGCCCAGAGACCGGCCGCCAUAGCAACCACCUCAGAGCGCCCCCGGCUUCGAACGCGCACCCCGUCGGAGCUGGAGUGCUGCCAGUCCAACGGGGCACUCUGCUUCAUCAACCCCCUCUUCAUUAAAGUCCACCAACCAGAGAGCGACCACAGCGCCGUCCCUGAACCCGCCGCUGGCACAGGUGAACAGGGCCUCAGGGAGGAACCUGUUAAUGGCAACGACGACUACGACCCGGGGAUAAACAACAACGACAAGGACGCUGAGCCCUGUGACGGCCCUCAGGUCGGCGAGAAAGAUCAGAGUGAAGGCAGCCGCUCGGGUCCCGACAGCCUCACGGACACCCUGCAGCGCCUCGUCAAAAACGCAGAGCUGCAAGACGACGGCAGCCAGAAGCUGAGAGGCCCUGACGGCGUGUCGCGCUCCCCGCCUCCUCGUCCGCCCCCGCCCCGCUUCGCUCCGCAGCGCCCGGCGCCCCCUUGCCGACAGCACAGCAUGCCUGAGAAGAUCUCCUGGAUCAACGUCCCCAAGGAGAAGGUGGAGGAGCGGGAGAGAGGGAGAGAGAGGGAGAAGGGCAGCAGCCUCCUCUCUCGUCUGGGCUCCUCACUAACCAUCAGCCCCUCCUCCUCCCCUCCCAAGCGGCUCAGCAUUAGCUCCCCCAUCUCCAUCCCCCUGCCUUCCUUGCCCCUCUCCCUCUCCUCCCUUUCCUCCUCCCCACGUCGAGCCAAAGCCUCACCAUCAUCCAGCCAGGAAGACGCCCACUGCCACCUGGCGCUGGAGGACCGGACUAUUGAGAAGGCCCUCAGCCGGGCCAAGCUGUCUCGGCAGAACGCUGCUCCCGCCAGCGCCCAGGACUCCAGCAGCCCUCCAGACCCCUCACUGAUGAUCAGCAACGAGCAGGAGGAGGUGCAAGGAGGAAGACAAGAAGAAACAGGAGAUGAAUGCACUGGAGGCGGCCAGCGGCUGAGCGACAUGAGCCUCUCCACGGACUCCUCCGACUCACUGGACUUCUCCCAAUCCUCGUCCUUCUUCCUCCCGCCUCUGCAUGACCCCAGCCCCCCCACCGCAGCCGACUACGCCGCGCACCUCCCGCUCUCUCUUCCUCCGUCCCACCUGCCCUACAGCAGCAUGGAGGAGGACGAGGAUGAGGAUGACGACGAGGAUGAAGACGAGCCAGAUUAUGGUGUUAGCCUUGAGAGCGACCAGGACCAGGACCAGGACCAGGACCUGACCAUGGUGCCGCCGGGCCACCGCACCAAACGCCGCGCCAGCGCCAGCGCCCUCGUCCUCCAGCGGGCCCUGCGGGGGCACCUGCGCAAGAUGAGCGGCGUCUUCAACUCGCUGCUGACCCCCGAGAAGAGAGCGAUCCGCAGGGUGAUGGAGCUGUCGAGGGAUAAAAACUCGUACUUCGGCUGCCUGGUGCAGGACUACAUAAGCUACAUGGGGGAGGGUGCGGGCACCCAGGCCUGGCAGGGCCACGCCUCCGGGCUGGAGCUGCUGCAGACCAUCCGCCAGUUCAUCACUCAGAUGAAGAGCUACCUGCGACAGAGCUCUGAGCUGGAGCCGCCGAUCGAGAGCCUCAUCCCCGAGGACCAAAUCGACCAAGUCCUGGAGAAGGCCAUGCACAAGUGCGUCCUGAAGCCGCUCAAAGCCGUGAUCAGCGCCGCCCUGCAGGAGUUCCAGGUGCGCAGCGGAGCCUGGCAGGAGCUGAAGGAGAACCUGUCAUUGGCUAAGGCCCGGCAGCCCCAGGAGAUGGGCGUGGCCGACGCCCUGCCGCCGGACCCCGUGGCCAUAGAGAAGAUCAGGCACAAGUUCCACACCAUGAUGAAACUGUACUCCCCGGAGAAGAAGGUCACCAUGCUGCUGAGAGUCUGCAAGCUCAUCUACACCAUCAUGGAGGACAACUCAGGUCGUCUGUAUGGUGCCGAUGACUUCCUCCCCGUGCUUACCUACGUGUUGGCCCAGUGUGACAUGCCUCAGCUGGACAACGAGAUCCUCUACAUGAUGGAGCUGCUCGACCCCUCCCUGCUGAGCGGAGAAGGUGGCUACUACCUGACCAGCGCCUACGGAGCGAUGUCCCUGAUCAGGAACUUCCAGGAGGAGCAGGCAGCUCGGGUGCUGAGCUCUGAAACCAGGAACACGCUGCACCAGUGGCACCGCCGCCGCACCACCCAGCGCUCGGCACCCUCAGUGGACGACUUUCAGAACUAUCUCCGGGUGGCGCUGCAGGAGCUGGACAGCGGCUGUACCGCCAAGACCCUGCAGGUCCGACCCUAUGCCACCGUCGAGGAGGUGUGCCAGCUGUGUGCCCAUAAGUUUAAAGUGUCAGACCCAGAGAAUUACGGCUUGUUCCUGCUGACUGAGGGCACCAGCCAACAGCUGGCGCCCGACACCCACCCUCAGAAAAUCAAAGCCGAGCUCCACAGCCGACCGCAAGCCGCCACCUUCCACUUUGUCUUCCGGCGAGUGGCCAACCAUAAUACUCUGUCGUCAGCUCCUCUCAAUCCCACACCCAACCUCAACAACCUCACUGUGACCUCUGACCCAGAGACCAACCUUAGCGACCUCAGCACAGCCACAUCGGUCCCCACCCCGCAGCCUAGCCUCAGUUUGGGCCUGAGCCCCACUCUGAGCCUCAGCCUACCACCCAGCCACCUCAACGGCAACUCCAUCUCUAUCUGACUCUAGUGGGGAGGGGUUAACUGGAAGUUUGAACGGGGUCUUUGUAUCCCAGCUCUGACAGGAUCUCCCAUUAUCUGUAACAGAUAUGGUUUUCGAAGGCCUGAACGGGCUGGCAGUGGCCUGGCAUCCUGAAAAGAGAUGGACUGUGUGGGGUCCAACUGGGCAAAAUGUCAUGCCGUGCCAGUCUUUACAAAGCCUGACUUCCCCUUUUGGAUGACACUUCUGUCUCGGUCAACAUCCCCUUGGCGGAAAGUUUUGUCUGAGAGACCAGAGCGAAAGAGGAAAACAAGAAAGGAAGGAAGGAAAUGAGACAGAUGGAGUUAUGUUUUGUUUUGUUUUGUUUUGUUCUAACUCCAUGGCUCCGUUUGAUUUGGCACGAGAGACGCACUGGUGAAUGCAUCUCUAAAAACCUUACCUCCCUCGGGUAGAAAUGUUGGAAGCAUUGUCAAAUGUUAUUACAAACCACAAAUUGGACUUUUUAUCUGCUUGCUGUCCUCCCUUAAUGCUGGUGCUUUGGGUGCAGAUUCAGGGUCUGCUGUUAUUGUUACUCUUAAGGUACGUAGAGGGAAAUCAGAUUUCAGAUGCAUUUAAGAGACUAAUCAUAGAUCCAUCACAGUAAAAUUUACAACAGAUACUUUAUCUAGGUGAUAGGAGCUACAAUUUACUUGUUGCAGUUGCUGGUAAACUGUAUUAUUUGCUAUUUGUAUUUUUAAAAAAUGGUUAAAUAUUAUAUUACUGCAUGUAGUUUCUUUGUUUACGUGUAAUGUUAGAAACAGGCAUGUCUGCCGGUGUUGAAAAAGGUAAUGUUCAUUUAUAUAUUUUACUGAUUAUCCUGGAGAUAUGACAGAUACCUUAACACCCUCAUACAUAUUGAUUGCUAGCAGGCAUCUUUUCCCAUUCUGAUUGACGUGAUCGCAAAAAAAAAUCAUGACAUGACCGAGGAGCAACUGGAUCCAUGUGGCUGCCACGUUACAAUUUUGACAAGGUCAUGAAAUGCUGUACUACUGACACAUCGUAAAGUUUUUAUCCUGAUGAAAAGAAAGUUGGCCAGUUAUUUAAAAAAAUAAAAAUAAAAAUAAAAAUAAAAAAAAAGCAUGUGUGGACUUCUAAGCUGGUCUGAAGUAACACACAGUGUGUACUACGGCUCUUGUGAAGGAGGGAGAUAUUUGGAAAGAGGGAAUGUGCACAAGGAUACAGUGAGACGGACGAGGAGGUGACAGAUCAGAACGAGGUGGGUCAGCCACGUCAGUGCUGAGGAGUCAGUCCAAAUGUACCUGUUGAAAUUCUUGGUAAUGUUUCCACAGUCCAGCUGACGUGCUGUACGUUUUCUAACUCCAUUGAACUUUAAGACUCCACUGCCAUUUUACAUUGACUGGAAAUGUAAGUGUGAAGUUUUAUUCGCAGAGUGGUAACAGAAAAGUGAUUGAAGAAACGUGGCUGAAAGAAACCCAAGAGUUGUUGUUGUGUUGUUGUUUUUUUAUGGCAAUUCAGUAGCAUUUCUGUUAGAGACACUAUGUAUACACCUGUAUGUUUAGCUCACCAUACUUAUCACUGUGGGCUAAGUGAAUAUUUGUAGGUGUUAAUUUUGAAUUGACUUGUACUGCCAUGUUAUUGGUAACCUAAAUAUUUUGAUUAUGCAAAAUGAGUAUUUAUAUGUAUCUGUGCGGGGAUUUUUCACAGAUGGCUUCUCCCAUGGCUUGACUUUCAUUACAGAGUCAAAAUGUUUGCAUCCAUGAGACAGGUCUUACUUCUUCUAUAUUUGUCAUUGAAUGAUAUAAAUAUUCUUUUGCACUUAAUAAACUUUGGCAAUA